AUGGAAGAAUUGGACAUAGUGAUAGUGGGAGGAGGCAUUGCUGGUCUUGCGACUUCACUUGCUCUGCACAGAAAGGGUAUAAAGAGCAUUGUGCUGGAGAGAUCAGAGUCUGUAAGAUCGGAAGGAGCAGCAUUUGGUAUUCAGACUAAUGGAUGGCUUGCUCUUCAGCAGCUAGGCGUGGCCGCUAAGCUCCGUCUCAAUUCUCUCCCAAUUCAUCAGAUAAGAGAUGUUAUGAUCGAGAAAAAUAUCAAACAAAGAGAAUCAGUCGGACCAGCCUCGCACGGGGAAGUAAGAGGUGUAAUAAGGAAUGAUAUGGUCCGAGCUCUGGCUCAUGCUCUUCCUGUUGGGACUCUCCGCCUCGGAAGCCAAAUUGUGUCGGUUAAGCUGGACGAAGCUACGUCGUUUCCAAUUGUUCACCUCAGAAACGGACAAGAUAUCAAAGCAAAGGUUUUGAUUGGCUGCGAUGGAUCAAAUUCUAUCGUCUCUAAAUUUCUUGGACUAAACCCGACUAAAGCCCUUGGUUCUCGGGCGGUGAGAGGGUUCACAAACUAUCCAAACGGCCAUGUGUUCCAGCAGGAAUUUAUAAGAAUCAAGAUGGACAAUGUCGUAAGCGGACGACUUCCUAUAACUCACAAUCUCGUCUUUUGGUUUGUUGUUAUGCUGAAGUGUCCCCAAGACUCGAACAAUUUAAAAAAUCAAGAGGAUGUGGCAAGAUUGACACUAGCAUCGGUCUGCCAAUUCCCAGAGGAAUGGAAAGAGAUGGUGAAGAAGUGUGAUAUCGACUCCUUAUAUAUCAGCCGUUUAAGGUACCGUUCACCAUGGGACGUUAUGUCCAGUAAGUUCCGACGAGGCACUGUGACAGUGGCUGGAGACAGUAUGCAUCUAAUGGGUCCAUUCAUAGGACAAGGGUGUUCGGCUGCGCUCGAAGACGGUGUUGUUUUGGCUAGGUGCUUGUGGAGCAAGUUAGGUCAAGAUGGAAUGAACAAUGUCUCUUCAAGGAAGCAAAUAGAAGAAGCGAUUGAUGAGUACGUUAGAGAAAGAAGAGGGAGACUCGUGGGGCUCUCGACACAGACAUAUCUUACCGGUAGGUUAAUUGAAGCUUCGUCGCCGGCAACGAAGCUCUUGCUUAUAGUUUUAUUGAUGAUUCUGUUUCGUGACCAUAUUGGUCACACUCGACAUGAUUGUGGCCGUCUUUAAUGGGAAACAUAAAUCUGACGAACGUACGGUUUAAGUGAGAGAUUGUUUGAGAUGUUUCAUCAUGGGGUUAAUUAUUCAAUCGCGAAUGUAUUUUUUCCUUAUAAAUAUAUACUAGGUAGAUUAUUAAUUUCGUUUUUUUAAGAUAAGAAGAGAUUAAUUUUGUUUAAUAUACCUGGAUAUCAAUUCGGUUUUACGUAGUUUUUCGGGUUUUAGUCUUCUAAGAUAUAAGUACCAUUCUAAAUCCACAUUUACUUUUUGUUUGUUUGGUAAAACGAAUGAAAUUUUUCAUUUUUUUUGCGAUAAACUCAAAAUAUUAUUAUUUGUUUGGUUUCAUAUUAUGUGUAUUUUAGACUGUUUUGAUAUCAAAUCAAUGGUUUCAUUUAACAAAAUUGGUAAACUAAUGCAAAAUAAAAUAACAUCUAAAUAAGAGUUGAAGAAAAAGGACAUUUAAUACUAUUUGUAUUGUUUGUACAAACAAUAUUGGUGACAUUUUAAGAUUGUGUAUUUUAUAUAAGAUAAUCGGAUAUUAUUUGUGUUGUUUAAAUUUUCAUAUAUGUUAGAAAUCAUAUAAAAGGUUGUAUAUUUGUACUCAUAGAAAUUUAUUUUUAUUCAGUUUAAAAAUAUAAAUUUUACUGAUAAUAGUUUUCGUAGAAUUUAUAUUUAAUAGUCAUUUUUAUUUUAUUUAAUUUUUUAUUCCCUAAAUCUAAUAUAAUUUAUAAAUUAAAAAAAAUUGAUUUGUUAAUGGAUAUUGAGAAUGUGAGAAGUGAGUCUUAUAUAUAUCAUAAACCUUAUUAAAGUCACGAUGUAUCUCCGAUAAAUAUGAAUUAAAUGUCAUAUAUUUUUACCUUGCUUAUCACACUUUGAUAUAUAUAUAUAUAUAUAUAUAUAUAUAUAUAUCUAUAUUAAUAAAGUUGAGCAGAAAGGCUCCUCCUGCGUCCACCUCAGCGUACCCUGUUCUUUUUCAUGACACGUGGCGAGCAGGGAGGAGGCUUCGUUAUUUCUCUUCAUGAAGCUUGUUUGUAAAACUGUGAUUUAUUGGGCCUCUCAUGAUUUUUUUGGACUUUAGUGCAUAUUCCAUCGCAUAUAUCUUUUUAUAAACAAUUAUCUUAUAUUUUUUUGGCAAUACUAAUAACUAUUGGAACCAUAAACAACUAGGAUAAUAUUAAAAACAUAAACAAUAACUAUACAAGUUCAAAAUUUCAAAGAUAAAUUAUAUAUAAAUUAAGUGUUAUAUAUUAAAUUAUAAAAAUACAAAGAUAAAAAUAACAUGUCGGUAUACCAUUUGAAAACAUAUGCAACACCUUAUACCAAUAUAAACAAACAAAAAUGUUUUUUUUUAUGAUUUAAAGAACAGUUGUUACAUUAUUUUUCAUCAAAGAAAUGAGAGAAUUUAAUUUAUAAAAAUUUAACAAAUCAAAAACUAGAUCACACGAAGGAAAAACACAUAUUAUAUUAAAUUGAUGGCUCACAAUUAUAUCUCCAAGAUACAACACAACCAAAGAGCCAUCACAAUCUCACAAAUAUCGUCGAUUACACAACAAAUAUUUAAUACAUAACAAAAAAAACUAAACGUACAAAGUAACACAAACAACAACAAAAAGUCAUUUAAAAAAACAUCUAAAGUAUUGUACAAUUACGUCAACGGUAAAGCUAUCGCCACUUCUAUCAUACAAUGCAACAUGAAUAAACAACCAAGGCAAUACAGUUUCCAACCAAAUAUAAAUCCCGCCCACUAAAAAUAAUAAAAGUUAGUCAAAGUACAUAAUAUAAUUUAAAAAUAAAUAAUUUAAAAAAAAAUAUUUCAUAAAUACAAAAAAUUAAAGGAAUCCAUUUAUUAGAUGAUGUAUCUCAUGGAUUUGUUUCCAUUUUAAUGGUCAUGAAACUCAAAUUUAGAAAAAUAAAUAAGAAAUUUCUUGAAAAUCACAAGAAAAGUUAAUACUAAUUAAAACUAAAAUUACAAAAUAGUUGUUAAAAAUUAAAAAACAUUGUGCGAAGAGUAGAAUUUUUUCAAAUAAUCACAAAAAUUGUGAAAUAAAGCGCAACUAUAAAUUUAUUGAUUCCAAUGAAAUAUUUAAAUCUAGCCACCUUCAGUUUUCAAUGAACUAAGAUAACCUCUAAAUCAAAAAUAAAGAAAGUAUAAAUCAAAUAAAAAUACAUAAAGAAUAUACACUUUUAACGUACCGUGAGAUUCAUCAUCCCGAUUCCACCUUCCUUAUUCAUGAGAAUAGCCAAUAUUUCAUGAAUGAACUGACAGCCAGCAACAAUAACAUAACUGCUGAUUUUGAAUUUACUCUUACCAUCACAUACAAUAAUCCCAACACAACUGCAAGACUAGACGUCAACCUUAUCAUCACCAAUUUGAGAAAACUAUUAGGCCUCCGAUAACAGAACAAGAAAACGAUACAUGCACUAUAUGCUUCGGAAAUUACAACUAUGAAAACAACCUAUGCUUUCUUACUUUCGGUCAUAAUUUUUAGUUUCACUUCAUUAAUGAAUGGGUUCGUAGAAACAUAAGCUGUACAGUAUGGAGGAAAACACAUCUAUGAUUUCAGACAUCUUUACAAUAUAGAAAUGGGAUUGUAAGUUUAAAAAAAAAAUCAUAAUUGUAUUUUUUUCUUCCUUUAAAGUGUUUACUAAUUCUAUUGUCUCCCAAGAAUAAACAGUUCUAAUAACUUAUACCUAGCUUCGAUCAUACUCCCUCUGUUUUUUUAUAUAAGUAGUUUUAGUUAAAAAAACUUAAUACUGACACAAAAUAUAUCAACUCAAAAUAAUACCUUAUAAAAAAUAAAAUAUAUUUACAAAAGAAAUAUAACAAAAAAUAUUUAAAAAAUAUA